AUGAGUGGGCACUGCUGGGCAGGGAAGCAGCUGGAUGUACGCGAGCUAUGACCUGCAAUUAUUCGCGUUAGUUUCAUUUUUUUAAACACAGACGAACUAUUUUUUUCUUGUAUUAGCGUCAGGAGCGACGGAGGCCUAAGUCUUUUUCAGUGUCAGGCAAAAUACAACUUUGCUAGCCUUAGCUUUAGCUUACUGGAGAUGAGUAGUUCGCUUGGAGGCUAGCUAGGUAGGUAAUGAUAGCAGCAUCUCUUUUGACGGUUAGCCGCAAAAAAAUACUUUUGAUCGGUUUUUCUUCACUGUAUAGCGUAUUUCGGAUUAGUUAACGUCUGUUUGAGCAUAUGUAUGUGGCGGGUUUAGCCGGUGUGUUUGUUAAUAAUAUUAGCUGAGAAGGUUCCAGGUGGCAGUUAAUAUUUUCUCCCCUGCUCGGAUCUUCUGCCGUUUUUUUCCCCCUUGUUCUCUUUUUUUAAUGUUGCAGUUCGGUUCUAAAGUGUGUUAAAGAGUCACAAGAAGUCGCUGCAACUUCUAGUAUCUUCAGCCUUCACUUCUCUCAUGAUAAAGCAGCCAUGGCUGUGUGGAUGUCAGAAGCAGGAGGAUGAGCUUUCGAGGGAGAGGAUGCCACCGUCUUUCACCGAAGACUGUCCCGCUUAACGUAUCGAUUAGCUGUCCGACGACUACCGGAGAGGACCGAGGUGUGUGUGCGUGUGUUAUCGAUUAGUCUCGUCCCAUGGCUGCUGUAAGCGGUGUCAACAUGCUGUCUCCGCUCGGAGAGGCGGCUCGGGCAGGUGCGGGAGGAGCAGCGCUGUCCGCGGCGUCUUUCACCAACACGUCGGUGUCCUCCAGCCCGACGCCCGGUACCGACACCCGGGGCUGCGAGAACGGAGCCCUGAUGGACUCGUUUGGGAUUUUCCUGCAAGGUCUCCUCGCUGUGAUGGCUUUCAGCACGCUGAUGUUAAAACGAUUCAGGGAGCCUAAACAUGAGAGGAGACCCUGGAGGAUCUGGUUCCUGGACACCUCAAAGCAGGCAAUUGGGAUGCUGUUCAUCCACUUUGCUAACGUCUACUUGUCAGACCUCACAGAGGAGGAUCCCUGCUCGCUAUACCUCAUUAAUUUCUUAUUAGAUGCUUCUCUGGGCAUGUUGCUGAUCUAUGCAGGGGUAAGAGCUGUCAGCGCUAUUGUAGAGUGGAGGCAGUGGGAUUCUCUACGUUUUGGAGAAUACGGAGAACCAGUACAGUGCACAGCAUGGUUGGGCCAGUGUAUCCUCUACAUCCUCAUCAUGAUGUUUGAAAAAGUCCUCAUAAUGUUGGUCCUGCUCAUCCCCCAGUGGAAGAAGCUGGCUCUCCUCAACCCCAUACAGAAUCCUGACCUGGAACUGGCCAUCGUCAUGCUCAUCGUUCCGUUCUUCAUCAAUGCCCUCAUGUUCUGGGUGGUAGAUAAUUUCCUAAUGAAGAAGCAUAGGACAAAAGCAAAGCUAGAGGAGAGAGAGGAGGACUCAAGGGGGAACAGCAAGGUCCGCUACAGAAGAGCCCUUUCCCAUGAUGACUCAGAGUCAGAGAUCCUUUUCUCAGCAGAUGAUGAAAUGGACGAGUCAGACGAAGACGACGUCCGUCGACUCACUGGUCUGAAGAUGGUAAAGAAGAAGAAGCUUCGCAUGGGGAUCCCUCCAGGUGAGGUGAAAAAGAAGAAGCGCCCUCCGAUGAAGGAGGAGGACCUGAAAGGAGCUCGCAGCAAACUCGGACUGAAGGGCGAGGUCAAGAGUAAGACCUAUGAGGUCAUGGUGGAGUGUGAGCGUAUGGGUAAAGUGGCUCCGUCGGUGUUCAGCGGGGUGAGGACGGGAACGGAGACAGUCCUGGACAAACCUGCUGCUGCCAAAGCUCCUGGAGGGAGUGUGUUCAGCAAGUAGAUGAAACAGCAGCAUGAGACCAAACACACUCUGUAGUCUUGAGUAUUGCUACAUAAUGUAUUUUGACAUUUAUGCUAUUUAUUGUGAAACUAUUUGCUUUUUGUGAUGUCUUUUUUUUUUUUACUUGAUCUUUGUCCCCUGUGUUAAAAUGUACCAUUCUUGUAUUGGCCAAAGUAAACAAGUCGUUGAACUGUAUGCAAUAAAUUUUAGGACAUGUAUUUAACACCUUUAAACUCACCGAAUACAGGUAAAUUGUAACAAACACACCAUAAUCAUAAUAAUCAACAUACUGUAAAGCACUAAGGUAUGUGUUCAAGCACUAGCUGCAUAAAGGCACAUAAUGUUGCAUUUGUUUCCUUUAUUGUACACAAUUGUGCAAAUGUGUUGGAAAUACAAACAGCAGGCGUGUUAAUUGUUAAUCAUCCUAUUGGAAGUGUAUGUAAGAUUGAAUCUUAUUAUUAAAUGUUAAGGCAAAAUCAGUGCUUCUAAGCUAUUGAAAUUUUGAAUAUUGAAGUGUUGUUCCCAGAA